CUGCGUUGCCGUGUUAACGCGACCAAUGAAUGAACGGUCACGGCGCGUAGGUAGGGAUGGCGUGGUGGCAGCGUUUCCACCCCCAAAAUGGCUGCGAAUUCGCGCGGGCAUUAGGCAGCCCGUUCAAAAUAAACGGGCGGAUUAAUUGGAGCGGGGCGACGAGAGGGAGGACUGCAACCCCCCGGCCCGACUCGCGUGGCAACGCUUCCACCUCCAGCAUCAGCUCCAGCUCGGCAACGUGCGCCCGUCGCGACGGAGGAGGACGUCGACGACGAGGACGAGAGUGCCAGGGUCGAACAGCCACAUCCGGUCAUCCUCCGCGGUCCUCGACGACGCAGAACGACGCCGCGCGUCCGCACGUUAGCAUGAUACUCGCGUUCGCUGACAAGGUGUUCCCGCGCCGACUGACAUCGUCCGCUCGAUCGGUCCGCGCGAAUUCUCUUCACUGAGCGAACCUCUCUCUCUCGUUCCCGGUUGUUCGUUCGUUGGAUUCUUCCGCGACCAAGGAGUACCAUGAUGCAGGAGCACAAGUCGUUCCUCAUACGGGACCUCUUGGGGGACGUCCUGUCCGAGAGGGUGCACGGUGACUCGGAGGACGAUUCUGCCGUGCACUCGGACUCGGAGGACACGAUAGACCCUGGCAGCAGUCCCUGUACUCGUCUGGAGAGUCCUCCGCCGGCGUUGUCGCCGUCGCCAGCGGCAGCUACUUCCGGCAAGAACUGCGGAACGACCACCAGUCCUCCCAGCGGGAGGAAGCCCAGAAGAAGGCGAACAGCGUUCACCCACGCUCAGCUGGCCUACCUGGAGCGGAAGUUCCGUUGUCAGAAGUAUCUGAGCGUGGCGGACCGCAGCGACGUCGCCGACGCUUUGUCGCUGUCGGAGACGCAAGUGAAGACCUGGUACCAGAAUAGAAGGACCAAGUGGAAGCGACAGAACCAACUGCGAUUGGAGCAGCUCCGACAUCAAGCGACGGUGGAGAAGGAGCUGCUGGUCCGCGGCGUGGGUCUUCACCAUGGCAGCAUAGACGCCUAUUGUCCACCGUACAAUGCUCAGACACAGACGCAGAGUCAUCCGCCUCCGCCACCGCCGCCUCCGGCACCUUCUUCCGCAUCGACAGCCGCGUUCCUGUCGACGGCGGCGGCUCUCUUCAGAAAUGUCACCUACGUCCACGGAUGCCCCCUUUAACCCGCGCGCCAACGGCUCCAGGAUCGUUCUCGCCGGGAAACGUUUCCGGAACCUCGACGGUCAUUCUUGGAUAUCGCGGGUCGUCGGUGCAUGGAUCUUUGCACCGAACUCAUCGCGAGAAUCGCCUCGUUAACGCUCGACGCAUUCUUCCGGUUCCGGUGCAAAGGAGCCGCUUCCGGCCGCCCGUCGUACAAUGGUGUAGUGCGCGUAAAGACAACGGUUGCGUCGGGAACGUAAGACGGAUUCUCGGUGAUCCGCAUCGCACGUGUUUGUUUGCUGCAUGCGAGACAGUGUACAUAUGUAAUUAAAAGGUUCGCCUGAGUACUACUGGGUAGUCGUAGCUCUGUUUGUUCCCGAUUCCAAAGGGGACGGACGUACCGGAACGAGAUGGUUAAUAACGCGCAGUCUAGCUGAGCUGGUAGCGAGAGAGAGAUUGAGGUUGAGAGAGAGAGAGAGAGAGAGAGAGAGAAAGGAAAAGAGAGAGGGAGAGAUUGAGAGAUGUUCGUAGCUGUGUAAUAGAGUCUUAGGUAACCGUAAUCAGGAGAAUAAGGUCAGGAACAGAUUUUCGUUUAGAGGAUCUAGUUGAUUCACGCUCACCGCUGAUAAUCAUCUUCUCCGGCUAGUCGGCGACCUUCCGCGUCAAACCGAAACAAUUCUUGUAGAUAAAUAAAUUAUUAUCGAGCAGAGACAAA